UUGGCAACACUUUUGUGUUGAAUUUUGUGAGAAAAUGGUGAUUUUGUGGAUUUGAUUAAACAUUUCUUUCAUUUUUUUUUAAACAUUUCUUUCAUUUUUUUUUAAAUAUCAGUUAAGUUCAGUUCCCCAAAAUGAUUUCUACAUUUGGAUAUAUAUCAAGAGAAAGCUCAAAAGCUCUACUUCGUACUUCUGUGCUGUCUCAUAGGAGAUACAUUAGCAAAUUCUGCAAGAGCAGUGAAGUGAAAAAUAAGUUUGAAUUCAAGAAAAUAUCAAAAAAUGAAUUUAAAUUAAAUAACAUAUCAAGAGCACUUGCAACGAAAACUUAUGCCAAAGCGAGCUCAGCUGCAAUUCCAGAAACAUUCCAGGAAUUUAUGUCGUUCUACCCAAACAUUGUGGAAGAUUUAAAAGAAAAGGUGAAAAUCUACGAUCCUUUCGGAGGUGGAAAGCACAUUGAGGGAGUUCUUCAGUAUAAUCUGCUGGGUGGAAAGAAAAAUCGUGGAAUGCUCCUUUAUGAGACAUUCAAGAGAAUGGCUCCAGUAUCUUCGGAAAAUUUAAGAUCAGCUGCUUAUUUAGGAUGGUGUGUCGAAUUGUUUCAAUCUGCAUAUUUAAUGAUGGAUGAUAUAAUGGAUGGUAGUUUGUACCGCAGAGGAAAGCCUUGUUGGUACAAAAAAGUUGGGCUAACUGCUCUCAAUGAUGCCAAUAUGCUUGAAAAUGCAGCUUAUCAGCUUCUUAAGGAUCAUUUCAGCCAUUUGAGUUGCUACAUAAAACUCAUGGAGCUUUUCCAGAGAAGCUCAUUUAUUGUAGCAGUUGGACAAGAAAUGGAUGCAAAAGCAACAUAUCAGGAUGUUCUGACCUUCACAAUGGAACAAUACAGAGGGAUUGCACUCAAUAAAGCUUCAGAUUCAAUUUAUCUUCCAAUGGAAAUGGCUGCAUAUUUAGCUGGAUGCCAGGAUCAACUUACGCAGCAUACAAAAGACGUCACGAUGGAAAUUGGAAUUUUUGCAGCGAUCCAGAAUGAUUAUCUCGAUUGCUAUGGGAAGAUUGAAGAUUCCGGAGCAACAGGAACGGAUAUUCAGACGGGUAAAUGUACGUGGUUAGCUGUGAAUUUCCUCCAGCGUGCCAAUGAGGCGCAAAAGAAAAUUAUGAAGGAGUGUUAUGGGAAAAGCGAUGAAGCAUCAAUUCGUCGUGUUAAGGAGCUCUACAAUGAGGUAUCCCUGGAAGAUGCUUAUUUUGAGUUUGAAAAGAACUUCUAUACGACGGUGAAGAAAGAAAUUGGUCAAAGUUCUGAAAUUCCUCUGCAAGUUUGUCUCGAAAUAAUUGAUAAAAUGUGUCUUGGACAAUAAAUUACAAUUUAUGCUUU